GCUGGAAACCAACAAGAAAAAAAAAAAAGAUCACAAAAUUCCCUUCAGGUCCCAUCCCUAACCACCCUCUUUCUGGGCAAACGCAAACGCAAACGCAAACGCAAAACGCAAACCCAAUAAGCCAUUCUCACAAAAAAUCUUCUUAUGUUCUCUCCCCAAUUCCCCCAAUCCCUCUAUCCUCCGCCGCUGAAUCCUUCUCAAUAUCCCCGCGGCGCCUCCGCGGGAUUUUCCUAGGGUUUUCCGAUCGUUCCAUUCCCUUUCAGCUGUUCUCCCACGACGUCGUUCUCCUAGUCAUGCCUCCCGCGCGUCGACGCGGAGCGAACAAGGCCAAGGCGAACGGACACUUGCGUUUAGGCGAUCUUGUCCUCGCUAAGGUCAAGGGCUUCCCUGCUUGGCCUGCCAAGAUAAGUAACCCUGAAGAUUGGGAGAAAGCCCCUGAUCCAAAGAAAUAUUUUGUUCAAUUUUUUGGCACCAAAGAGAUAGCUUUUGUUGCAGCCCCAGAUAUUCAGGUAUUUACAAGUGAGUAUAAAAAUAAGUUGUCUUCUCGGCUUCAAGGCAAGACAAAAUACUUUGCCCAAGCUGUGAAGGAAAUAUGUGCAGCUUUUGAUGAGAAUGAGAAACAAAAGGCUAGUGGUGACGACACAGAUGAUUCUCGAAUUGGUUCAGAAGCUCCUCCUGUUGAUGAGGCAGUGGGUAAUCCAAAGGAUACCUUUGAUGCUGUGACGUCAAGUGAAGAAAAGGAUAACAUCCAUGUGAGUAAUAUUGGUUCCAAUUUGGAGAACUGUAAGCAGAAAACCAGAGAGAGGGGUAGCCUAGAUGAAAAGCUCACUGAAUCAGGCCGUCCAAAUGAAAGUUCUUCUGUUUCAUCACCUUUGGUCAAAGGUAAAUUAUCCACUGGUUCAGAGAUAAAGAAGAAUUCUAGCAAAUCUACUCUUAAAGGUGCAAGUAAUGUUCAUGAUUUUGGUCAACAUGAUAAUGGAAAUAGCGUUUUAACAAAUGGGAGUAAGCCAAGGAAGCUUAUUACUGGCUCAAAGAGAAGAAGUGAAGCUACAGAUGAUAUAAAUAAAAUUGGUGGAUCAUCUACUGGAACACUUUUGAAGGUGGGAAGUUCUACUGGAAGUGUUGAUCUUUCAAGGUCUGGGGAGACAUUUAAUAAAACUGGAAGGAAAGGUAAAGAUGCACCUGCUGUUAAAACAGAUUCUCCAGACACUCUUAAACCAGACUUGAAUGGUAAUACUGGAGAAAAAAACAAGAACUUGAUUUCAAAAAAAGCAAGUCUUGAGGUAAAAAAUGAAUUACAAGAGAUCAUGUUGAAUGCUGAGGAGGCUGAUGGCAAAAAUUCAGUUAUGGGAAAGAAGAACCAAGUACAUGCAAAGCAUAAUGUGGGGGCAAAUGAAUCCUUCCAUGCUACAAAGAAGUUGAAACGCAUGGAUGCUAAAGAUGAUUUAACUUCAGGCCACAUCCAAAAAGAUGUGAAAAGGUCCACAUCAAAUUCGAAAACAGAAAAAAGCUUGCCAUCAAGGGGUCAAAUUUGUGUUGUAGGUUCUGAUGACUCUGUCCGCGAGUUGCUACCUAUGACCAAACAACAUAGCCAAGUUCAGAAAACUAUGCCUGAUUCUGAUAGAAUUGCUCCUGAUGAAAAAAAAGAAUGGAGUAUUCUUAAACCGAAAGAUGAUACGAAGAAUGCUACAGCAAAACAAGUACAGAAGAAACGUAGAGCUGUUUGCCUUUAUGAAGAUGAUGAUGAUGUACCUAAAACUCCUGUUCAUGGAGGAGCUGCAAAAAAUACGAAGUCACCUUUUGCUUCAGAGGUCAAGAAGGGCAAUAAUGCACAUUCUGAGAAAUCUGAUGCUGCUCAGCUGACUCACAUAAAUUCUAGUGAACUUGAGGAUACUCUUUUGAAAGAUUCACCUUCUCUAUUUCAUAAUGAUCCAUCCUCAAUGAAACUGCCUGAAAAAGAGAAAGCUGAUGAAGUCAUUCCGGUGCAUGUUCCUCAUAGUAAUGAUAAGUUAGAUUUAAAGCAGUUUCCCUCUAAGGUGGCAAAAGUAAGCUCUGCCUCCCCAGUAAAAUCACCUCAGCCAGUUCCUGCGACAACAAAGUCUAAUGCUGAGCGGAGUAAAUCUUCCAAACCUUUGCUUAAAGCUUCCAGCAAUGCUACUAUUCACAAGAAGGCUGAUAAUGGGUCUUCCAAAUCAUUACAUAACCUCAACUCUUCUCAGAACCAAGUUUCCGCCCAUAAGAAGAAGCUGACAUCUUCAGCUGAAAUUUCUAAGAAUACUACAAAGACAUUGCCUCAAGCAGCUGAAGUUGCUGUUUCAGUAGUAGGUUCUAAGGAGCCUGAUGCACUACAUGUUGAUAGAUUGGAAGAGGGUGUGGAAGAAAGAAGUAAUUUAUAUACUGGUUCAGGGACUCCAGAAACAGCUAAAACUAUGAAGCAUCUUAUUGCUGCUGCCCAGGCAAAAUGGAAACAAUCUCAUUCCCAAUAUCUUCUUUCUGGUAUUCACAAUGUUCAGGGGGGGACUCCUAGCCCUUCCACUGUUCAGCCAUUUCUGUCUGUCUCAAGUAACAUCAUACAGACAGAUGUGCAGGGAGUUUAUGAGCACGCAACAUCGGCUUCCCCUCCAACUAAUGAAUACCACUCUGCAUCUCAAAAUCAGCUUGAUGCUGAUGAAAUUGAGGAGAGAAGAACGGGUUCUGUGCAAAGGGGUCCUGGAGGCUCACUCAGUGGUGGUACAGAGGCUGCUGUUGCUCGUGACGCAUUUGAAGGAAUGAUCGAAACUUUGUCGAGGACCAAGGAAAGUAUUGGGCGCGCAACUCGUCUUGCCAUAGAUUGUGCUAAGUACGGCAUUGCCAACGAGGUUGUUGAACUUCUCAUCAGGAAGUUGGAAAAUGAAACUAGUUUUCAUCGCAAAGUGGAUUUGUUUUUUCUUGUUGAUUCUAUCACCCAGUGCUCACAUAAUCAAAAAGGUAUUGCUGGAGCUUCUUACAUCCCUACAGUUCAAGCAGCACUGCCACGUCUUCUUGGUGCUGCUGCUCCCCCUGGAGCUAGUGCCCGUGAAAAUCGUCGUCAAUGUCACAAGGUUUUGAGGCUGUGGCUUGAGAGGAAAAUUUUGCCUGAGUCCAUUAUUCGCCGUUACAUGGAUGAAAUUGGGGUUUCGAAUGAUGAUAUCACUGUUAGCUUUAACUUCCGGCGUCCAUCUCGUGCUGAGCGAUCCGUGGACGACCCAAUUAGAGAAAUGGAAGGCAUGCUUGUUGAUGAGUAUGGAAGUAAUGCUACAUUUCAGCUACCUGGCUUUAUAUCUUGCCAUGCGUUCGAUGAAGAUGAAGAUGAAGAAGAUUUACAAAUCAAUUCAUGUACGGAUCCAUAUGGUACGUCUCCAGCAGAUCCAUCACCCAAGUUUGGAGGAUCAGAAACUUAUACUGUGACCCCAAAUGACAAGCGCCAUUGUAUCUUGGAGGAUGUGGAUGGUGAACUAGAAAUGGAAGAUGUUUCAGGUCACCCAAAGGAUGACAGACCUGUAUUUUUGAACAGUUCUGACGAAACUGAUAUGCUUCUUCAGAGCUCAAAUAAGAAUUCAAAUCCAAUUUCAAUUAUAUCAGAAGAAAUAUUGGCUACACCGGAGGGUUCCCCUCCAUUACCUCUUGAUUCACCUCCUCCACUCCCACCUUUACCUUCUUCACCUCCUCCCCCUCCUCCUCCAUCAUCUCCAUCUCCUCCUCCACCCCCACCACCUACAAUAUUGCAACCUCCACCUCUUCCUUUAUCAUCCUCCGCCCCGUCAGUGUCAUUGGUUCCUCAAUCAUCUGGACUAGCUCGGCCUUCACAUGUCUCCCAGUCAUUAAUGCCACCUCAGUCAUCAUAUCAGUCAUCCCCGAAAUUGGCGUAUCAGCAGAACUUACCUCAUGACUUUAGUGGCGCAAAUAGUGGUAACCAAAUAGUUCAAAUGGCUGGUAGUUCUUUUUCUGGAGGUCACAGUAAUGCAGUUGUCAAGAAUGAACUAUUUCCACAGCCAUCUGUUUUUGCCCUGGCUUCAGGCUGCAGCUCCCAGGAGCCUUCUGGUUUUAACUCUUCAAGACAAUUAGAAUAUGGACAAAAUGAUGUGUAUUUAAAUGCCCAAGUUCAUCAACCUAACCAUCAAUUUCAGCAGGGUAACACCCCUUAUGCUCAAAGACUUGCACAUCCUGCCCCGCCCCAAAAUCCAUCAAAUCAGUUCUCAUAUCCAAAUCACACAGUUCAGCAACACCUUCCUCAUGCUUUCCAUCCUCCCUUUCCUUUACCAUCUCUUCCAGAUGGCCUGAGGCAAUUCGUUGCUGAUGAGCAAUGGAGAAUAUCAUCGACAAACAAUCAACAUCAAAAUGGUGUAUGGAGAGGUGUAAAUCCUUCAUGCCCUGGUCCUCCCUUUGGGCAAGAAGGUUUCCGACCACCACUUGAAAGGCCACCAUUAAGCAAUGGAGGUUUUCAGCGAGCAAUUUCAAGCAAUCUACCUAGUGCUUCAGUAUCAGGACAUGGUGUUCCUCAGACGUUGCCUUACAGGCCAGACAUUCCU